CAUCCUUCUAAGAGGCUGAAUGGGUCUGGGGGUGCCGUCCGGGGGCACGGGCCACCCCGGGGUUUCCCGAGUCCAGGGUUCGCCCCCUUCUCCAGGGCGCGGCGGGGCGCGCCGGGAUCGCGGGACGCCCUGCCCCGGAUCCAGUCCGAGAAAGCAGGUCCAGGACGGGGAACCUCCUCAACAGAGAGUCACUGGCACCCUGAUCCUUGCUGUCUUCUCGGCUGUGCUGGGCUCCCUGCAGUUUGGCUACAACCUUGGGGUCAUCAAUGCCCCGCAGAAGGUGAUUGAACAGAGCUACAAUGAGACGUGGUUGGGGAGGCAGGGGCCUGAGGGACCCAGCUCCAUCCCACCAAGCACCCUCACCACCCUCUGGGCUCUCUCUGUGGCCAUCUUUUCUGUGGGCGGCAUGAUCUCCUCCUUCCUCAUCGGUGUCAUCUCUCAGUGGCUGGGAAGGAAGAAGGCAAUGCUGGUCAACAACGUCCUGGCGAUGCUGGGGGGCGCCCUCAUGGGCCUGGCCAACGUGGCCGCCUCCUACGAGAUGCUCAUUCUGGGGCGGUUCCUCAUUGGCGCCUACUCAGGGCUCACAUCAGGGCUGGUGCCCAUGUACGUGGGGGAGAUCGCCCCCACUCACCUGCGGGGUGCCUUGGGGACGCUCAACCAGCUGGCCAUCGUCAUAGGCAUUCUGAUCGCCCAGGUGCUGGGCUUGGAGUCCAUGCUGGGCACUGCCGCCCUCUGGCCCGUGCUCCUGGGCGUCACCGUGCUGCCCGCCCUCCUGCAGCUGGUCCUGCUGCCCUUCUGCCCAGAAAGCCCCCGCUACCUCUACAUCAUCCGGAACCUGGAGGGGCCCGCCAGAAAGAGUCUGAAGCGCCUGACCGGCUGGGCUGACGUCUCUGGCGCCCUGGCCGAGCUGAAGGAGGAGAAGCGGCAGCUGGAGCGGGAGCGGCCGCUGUCCCUGCCCCAGCUCCUGGGCAGCCGCCCCCACCGGCAGCCCCUGGUCAUCGCCGUCGUGCUGCAGCUGAGCCAGCAGCUGUCCGGCAUCAAUGCUGUGUUCUAUUAUUCAACCAGCAUCUUCGAGACGGCGGGGGUCGGGCAGCCGGCCUACGCCACCAUCGGUGCCGGUGUGGUCAACACCGUCUUCACCUUGGUCUCGGUGUUCCUGGUGGAGCGGGCUGGGCGCCGGACGCUGCACCUCCUGGGCCUGGCCGGAAUGUGUGGCUGCGCCAUCCUGAUGACUGUAGCUCUGCUGCUGCUGGAGCGCGUUCCCGCCAUGAGCUACGUCUCCAUCGUGGCCAUCUUUGGCUUUGUGGCGUUCUUUGAGAUCGGCCCGGGCCCCAUCCCCUGGUUCAUCGUGGCCGAGCUGUUCAGCCAGGGCCCCCGCCCAGCGGCCAUGGCCGUGGCUGGCUUCUCCAACUGGACGUGCAACUUCGUCAUCGGCAUGGGUUUCCAGUAUGUCGCGGAGGCUAUGGGGCCCUACGUCUUCCUUCUGUUCGCCAUCCUCCUGCUUGGCUUCUUUAUCUUCACCUUCUUAAAAGUGCCUGAAACCCGAGGCCGGACGUUUGACCAGAUCUCGGCCAACUUCCACCGGACGCCCUCCCUCUUAGAGCAGGAGGUGAAACCCAGCACGGAACUCGAGUACUUGGGGCCCGACGAGAACGACUGAGAGGCCAGGCAGAGGUGGGAGGGCUGUGCUCUCGCCCCUCUCCCCCCGCCCCGGAGACCCCUCCUCCCCUGUGCAGCACUCUUCCCUGUUACUUCCAGGGUGAUGCCCCUGCGGCCUGGAAGAACUGGGAAGCUGGAGGGAAGGGUGGUCUGAGCGCCCCCUCAGUCCCCUCAUGUGACUCUUGGAUUAUUUAUGUGUUAGGCUGUGGCCAUCAGGGUGAGCCGUUCUCCCGGCUCAUCCCCUCCCUCCUCCAUAGGCUGCCCCACCCCCACCCAGCCUCUGUUCCAGAAUAUUCUCUCACCCCUUGCUAGAGAAGAGGGGGGUGUGGGGAGGAGAGGCCCUGGGCUGACUUUUUAGUGGGUGGACGGAAGCAGGGAGCAGGACUGGAGCAGAGAAGUAGCUUCCUGUUACCUCGGACUCCUCCUACUCACUGGCACUUUCUCUGAAUUCUUGCCACAUAAACUCUGGGUGAAGGGGGUCCCAUCUUGACCCCUCCCAGACGGAGGACACAGCCUCCCAAGGCCUGAGCUCAGCUCUCCUGGCAGGCUCAGCUCUCUCGCUCCAUCUUCCAGGGCACGUGUGGUGAGAGGGACGGCUUCCCGAGGCUUCCAAGGGGGGGCCCCACUCCUGCCUCCUCUGCCCUCCUCAAGGGUGUUCUACCCACAAGCUUUUGACCAACUAAGGGAAAGAGGAGUUUGAAAGGCUGCCUGUAAACACGGGGUGGGAGGAGCCUUCAGAUAUUUUUGUAUAUGUUUGCAAAAGGGGUAGGAAGAAAAAACCAAAGGUCUGUUGUACUAAAUGUAUAUAUAUAUGUAUAUAUAGAGAGAGAUCCAUACAUAAAGUCACUGUAUGCGAUGCGCGUCCUGUUGUGGAGGCACCCGGGGCCGCUCCCUGUCCUCUCUGCGUCUCUGUCCCUCUCUCCACCCUGUCCUAGCUCAAGGCCCAAGAAUCCUCUGGAUGUGGUCACUCUGCCCACACUUAAGCUUCUAGUCAUUGCUUUUUUUCUUUUUUUUUUUAAACUAAGCUCUGCACCCAGCGUGGGGCCUGAACACACGA